CUGUCGCACGAACCCUAGCUAGCCGUCCCUGCCCCCCUUCCCCUUUUCGGAGCUGCUGGAUUCACCCCCCACCUCUCCCUCGCGGGUCCCGGGCCGGCGCGGACGCAAGGCAAAGGCAAAGGCGGCGGAGGUGGCGCUGCAGUCCACCAGUGAGCGGCCAUGGUGCUUGGCAAGGUCGCCAUCGUCAUCGGCUCAGGAAUCGUCGGAUCAGUACUCACAGGCGGUGAGUCUGGCCUUCCCGACUUCAGGGAUGCAAUCUCUGGUGCUUUCAAGUUCUUGACCAAGGGUGCAAAGCAAGGCAAGGAUGGGCCAUCGACCAGCAGUCCACAUACUGCUCAGUUGUUGACCCAGGUCAAUCAUCUCAGAGAGGAGCUUCAGAUGUUGUCUAAAUCAAAUCAUGUUGCUAUUGUCACUGUUGAUGGUAGACCUGGCCCUGGUGCAUAUGGUAUAACAGCUGUUGUUAUUGGAGCUAUUGGCUAUUUAUUCAUAAGAUGGAAGGGGUGGAAACUUUCUGAUAUGAUGUUUGUGACAAAGCGUGGGUUAUCAGAUGCUUGCAAUGUAGUGGGGAAACAAGUGGAUCAGGUUUCAGAAAGUGUUAAUGUUGCAAAGAGACAUCUUGCCGGAAGGAUUGAUCGUGUAGAUUGUAGUUUAGAUGAAUGCCGAGAAAUUACAGAAGCCACAAGGGAAGAGGUUACAAUCAUCCAUGGAGAUCUAAGUGCCUUCCAGAAGGAAAUGGAAACAGUUCAUCUUGUAGUUCGUAGUUUGGAGACAAAGCUUGGGCGCCUAGCUUAUACUCAAGACCGGACAACACGAGGAAUAUAUGACUUGUGUGAGUUCACUAAAAAAUUGGAUCAGAGCCCGAAAGCUGAUAUUCGCCAGGUUACAUCAUCAACUCCUCGUCCUGCUAUUGAAUCCUCAGAGAGAAUUGUUAGGGCUGCUUCUUUGCCCCCGGCUAUGGAAACAGAGUCUCCUAGAAUAGAGGCAUCUAAGGUUGUGCGCUCAUCUACAAUCAUGUCAGCAUCAGGACUUAGUUUGCUAGCUGGAACUACAAUACCACCUAAAAGAGAUCAACCGGGUGCUUUCAGCAGAGCAAGUUCAAUGAAGGAAGGACCCUCUGAAUUAUCGAGUGGUGUGCAAAAUUCAGCAGAACCAAGCCCCAGGAGAUCUGGCGCUUCAACCCUGUUUGGAGGGCUUGGGUUUCUAAGGAGCUACACCAGCUGAGACGUACGUGCUCAGAUAGGUGACUUUUUUUUUAUCCGAAGAGACCAUCAGCUUGAGCUGUAUAUGUAGGCAUAGUAGAAAACAGGGCAGUUGCCAAAAGGACGGCUCCCUUUUCCUAUUGGGAAUUGCGAAUUUUUGUAGGAACUAAUACUUUGCAGAGCAAUGCCUCGAUGCCAAGAUGCACACUUUAAAUUAUACUGCUAAGUUAGAUGCUGGAAGAGAAACAUCCUGCCCGGGGAAGGGUUGUAUAUUGCAGUGGAUUGUACUACUAGAAUACAUGUUGGGAAGGAACAGUUGCAACUUAAGUUUGUGCUUUUGGCCC